AUGCCAUUACCGUCGUUCUCACCGCUCUGUCUCCAGAUGAAGGAGCUGUCUCGGCAGCCCGGCAGCCCGUUCCACCAGAAGGUUGUGAGUUCAAAGCCGAUGUCGAUGUUUCCAUGGAGACGCUGUUUGAACUGGGCUCAGGAGAAGGCCCCGCUGGUCACGCACUGCAUCCGAGCGCUGUUCCCGGACGCCGCCGCCAUGGCCAAGAGCAGCCAGAUCCUGACCGAGGAGCAGGCGGGCGCCCUGUUGGACCGGCGCCUCGUCACGGCUCUGUCCAUGCCGCUCUUCACUCGCAACGUCUACAAGAACAACUUCGUGCAGGCGUCGCUGGGGGCCGAGCUCAGGAUGCAGGGCGUGUCCGGCUCCGGCCUCGACGCUCUGAACGCCCUGGGUCUCUGUCAGAACAAAGACACCGUGAGGCUGCUGCUGCUGCGCCUGCUGCAGGGGAGGCGCGGGAGGUUGUUGUCGUCAAACGUCAGUCUUGGUCAAAGGCUGAAGCAGGAGGAGCUGAAAGCCGACCAGACCCCAGAUGUGGAGGAGGCAGAUGUGGUGGAAGAGGAGGGGAGUGAAGAGGCGGAGACCGAGUCCGACACAGAGCGCGCUGAGGUGGAAGUGACAGGACACGGCCCAGUCAAAAAGCGGUUUGAGGAGGGCAAAAGGAAGAUCGGAAAAGAGGAAUGGAUGGUAGUGAAGCGGCGGCCCUGCACUACUCGUCUGCAGAAGCAGGAUACGCCGGUGGAUGAUGAUGGUGACCAUUCAGUCACUGCCAGCAGGGACUUGGGCUACAGGUUUCAAGGUUUCCACGAGUUGUAUUUGUCUCGAAUGUGUUCCUGGGUUGUGGUGCAUGUUCCUGUUCAUCAAGUAUGUGGGGCUUCAUUCUCUGGCCAGGAUCGAGAGGACCUCCAGAUGUCCAUGCCUGAUGGAGACAGUUUAGGAUGA